AUGGCAGCGGGGCCCACCCCAUCCGCCGCGGCGGCUUCGUUCCGGCCGCCGAUCCCGCCGCCGCCGCCGUGCUUCGAUUACCGGGCGGCCGUGCUCGCCGACACGCGCGCCGCCGCCGCGGGGAACCCCGCGCUGGCGGGGCUGGUCGAGUCCGGCGCGCUCGUGCGCGUCCCGCGGCGGCGGUUCGGCCCGGUCCCGGCGUGGCGCCCGCCGGACUUCGUGGAGCCCGACGAGGUGUGGAUCCUCGGCACCUCGCACCUCUCCCCGGACUCUGUCGCCGACGUCGAGCUCGUCCUCCGCGCCGUCCAACCCGACAACGUCGUCGUCGAGCUCUGCCGGAGCAGGCAAGGCCAUGCCUUCCCUUAA